AUGUUGGCUAAAACGUGUGUACAUCGUGUCGAUCCAUCAUUUUCUAUUAGGCAAUAUCCAAAGAAUGACACGCAUCUUGUUACGAUUGGUUGGGGUACAAUGACUUCAGAAAGUUCAGAAUCAGCCGAUCAUCUCCAACAAGUUCAAGUUUAUGCAAUAGUCAAUCACGAUCCAAACUGUUCUGGUUCAAUCAAUAAUAUUGAUAUGCAAUUCUGUGCCGGAUUGUAUGAAGGAGAAAAAGUUUCUAAUAUUGAUAUUUCCAAUUCUAAAUUGGAAACUAUUGGUAAAAAUAAUGAUCAAUCAAUAUCUGAUAUGCCUACAACACAAUUUAUUAAUGAUGAAAAUGUGACAUUAUUGAGUGCUAAAGUCAUAUUUCGAGGUAUUAACCUUUGGUCAAAUAAUGUACGUAUACGUGAUGGUACAGCAAAUUUUAUUGCACGUGGAAAUAAACCAAAGAAAUUUAAUUUCAAUUUAGCAACUAUGUUAGUACCCGAUGAUAAAUUAAGCAUCGAAUUUUAUAUAAUAAAUGGGAAAAAAAAACGAAAAAAAUUGUUUGCAACUUUUGAAUUAAUGCUUGAAUCUUUAAUCAAUUCAAAAUAUAUUGAUUUAUCUGAAGAAAAUUUAUCUGAUCCAAAUAAUUCCUUAUUACCAUCAACUGUACAACUUAAACUUUAUUAUACACCACCAGAUAUUGAUAAACAACUUGCUACAAUAAGACAUGAUGAUACCGUUGAAUUGAUCGAUUGGAGAAAUAUAUUUGAUGACGAAGGCCGACAUGGUGGUCAUCGACAUAGAUAUGUGCAUUCAAAACAUGAUGGUCGAUUAACAAAACUUCGUAGAAAAUUAGCCGGUCGUGCAGAUGAUGCUGAUACUGAUACAUGUAGUGAUUCAGAUUUCGAAGUAGUUCAAGAUUCUGAAAAAAAAUUUGAAUCGGUUGAUAAAAAUGCGAAAAUAAAAAUGCAACAUAAUGACAUAGAAUUAUUAGAAAAAAGUUUGGGUCGAUAUGUUGGUGAUGUAUAUGAAAUGAUCGAAUGGCAACUUAUGGUACAUAUUAUACAAGCACGAGAUCUUCCAGGAUUUAAUAUUAGUCCAUAUGUUAGUGUUCAAAUCGAUAAUCAAAAACGAUAUACAAGUGUACAAAAAUCUUCUAAUUCACCAUAUUUUCGUGAAUUCUUCACAUUUGAUUUUACACUACCAGCUACAAAAUUUAUGGAAAAAGUUAUUAUUAUCAAAGUUCAUGAUGCCGUUACAAUAAUUAGUACAUUUACAGAUACAGCACCAAUCGGAAUAUUUCGAUUGGAUAUAUCAACAGUAUAUAAUGAAAAAGAACAUGCAUUUGAACGAAAAUGGGCUCAAUUGGUUAAUCCGGAAAAUAUUGCAUCGCCUUGUGGUCAUUUACUUCUUUCAAUAUCUGUUACACAACGUGGUGUUUCAACGAAAAAUGUUGUCAGUGAAGAUGUACAUGACAAUGAUGAAUUUAAACCAUCGUAA